AUGUCUUUCCCCGCUCCGGUCGCCACCUUCGACAAGGGCAAAAUUAAUUUGACAGGCGCGGAGGAAACCCUUCUCAUCACCCUCUUUGCCCGCGCCAAAGACGCCGAAUCCCCAAACCCGAUCCUCAAUGACAGACAGACUCUCGAGGUUGUCUCCCGGAUUCGUGACCAGGGAUAUGACUUCUCACGCACCGACCUGGAAAAAUCAAACACCACUUUCGCGCGGCUCGUGGCUACCCGCGCCCGUGUCCUGGACAUUUGUUGCGAGGAGUUCUUGGAGCGAAACCCCGGCCCGGCGACGGUGAUUCAUUUGGCUUGUGGCAUGGACGCCAGAUGCCACCGCAUCAAAUGGCAAGGUGAAGGUAGGGUGUGGAUCGACGCGGACCUGCCGGAGGCCACCAAGCUGCGGCGUCAGGUUAUGGAGAAUCCGAACCCGGGGAAGGGCGAAUACCGUCUGCUAGAUCCCAACAUCCACGACGACGCCUGGCUGAAAGAGUACAAGAUUCCCGCCGACAGGCCAGUAUUCGUCAUCUUCGAGGGGUUGACCCCUUACCUGACCCGCGAGGAGCUUCAGGGCAUCCUGCGACGGAUUGUCAACCACGUCCGCGCGGGCGGAGCCCACGGCGAGGCGUGUUUUGAUGCACCCGGCUCUAUCGCAUAUUUCCUCAUCAACUACGUCUUCAACAAGGCACUGACAUCAAUGGGGACGCGGUUCACCUGGUAUAUGAGCAACCCGAUGGCCUUGGAAAGGGAGGUUCCGGGUCUGAAGUUCAAGGGGCGCGUCUUCAACUUGCAGGACUACGCACGACUGGGUCACUCGACAUGGAUUUUCACCUUGCUGGCGUGGGUUGCCGAUUGGUUCAAUCUGGUUGGGCGUCUCGGUUCCGGUUACCGCUAUGAGUUUUGA